CCCACUUUCACUGAUCUUCACCAAAUAAUCAACACAUCCACGAAGAAGAAGAAAAUUCAAACAAAGUGUUCACUUCUAAACAGAGAGACCUCACAGAAGAUAUGGAGAGAUAUGGAGCUUUGAUUCUUGUUUUGCUCAUCUCCGUUUCUCAGCUUGUUUCGUUCUCAACGGCUAGAAAAUUUCCAGGAGAAGAAUUUUUACCGGUGACAAAUGGCGUCUUCAUCUCCGGAGAGGUAUCUGCUCUCUCCAAAACGGUCAACGGGAAGCUGGCGACGAAGGAUGAUCACUUCAGGGCGGGAUAUUCGUCAUCUCCAGGAGUCUAUGUAGCCGGAACAUACGGGUCGUUGGUGUUGAACGUUCUUCCAAAAGGGUCAGUUCCGCCGGCUGGGCCCAGCAAGAGAAUCAACGACGUCAAGACUUAACAAUAGACUACUAGCUUUCUCAUCAUCCUCAUCAUGACUAAUUAAAAGAUAUUCUUUAUUUUUAAGAAAUUCAAACUCUUUGUAGAACUGUAGAUAUCAAGUCAUAUAGCCUAUACUAUAGUAUGCAGCAUAUUAUAGUACAUGUUGUCC